CUUUGACAUUUGAAGGUUAAGCGCUGAGCUCAGGUAAACAUCACCGCUGUCUAUUCAACACCGGUCUAUAAAUCUCUGGUGAGAAAGCAAGCAAACAUGUCAUCCGCUGGGUUGCAAGAACAGUACAACAACUAUCAGACGACGCUCACAGAUAUCCAGGCAAAGAUCCAAGAGCUCAGGAUGGAUGCCGAGGAGAAUCGCAUAGUGAAGAACACGUUAGAAACCACUGAUCCCUCGAGACGGUGUUUCCGUAUGGUUGGUGGUGUCCUUGUACAGAGCAACGUCGAGGAGACGCUACCCGUGUUGGACUUGAAGCUGGCCAACCUACAGAAGGCGAUCCAGCAGUUGUCGACAGAGGCCGUGAAGUUGAACGAGGAGUUCACAAACUGGAAGAAGGAAAAGAACAUCAAAGUCAUCAAGCAGUGAGCUUCGGGUACUUACUACACCUCUUAGAGAGUAUACAAGUAGAUUUUGUAUAUAAUUAAAUACAUCCUCUAUACUUUUUGGUACAUCAAGAUAUAUGCGGUCUUGACAUCUUCUUCAUCUCCUUUAACCAAAACAUCGUCAGGUUUCAAGUUAUGGAUUGUAACAUCGUCAAUUCUAACCCAUUCACCUUCAACGCUUCGUAGAACGUCAACAGUGUAGUGGCCACCAUUGGAA